CAGAAUUCAUAUUCGCUCGUAGUUUCCUUCGCUUCCCGAGAUAUCAACAUGGCCAGAAUGUGGUACACCGUUCUUAUAGUGAGCUGCGCCUUGCUCCAGUAUGUGCGUGCAGAGCCCCGGCCUGAUUUCGGAUCGAAGGGAACUAUAGCAUCCAGCGGCAACAUUGCGAUGUUUGCGGACAUCACUAACGUUGGACUGCUGACGGCAGACGACAAGAAUGGGCUCAUCUUGCGCACGAAUUACACACUGUUCACCACCGUUCUGCCAUUAAUGGAAUCGCUUGGAACGAAGGUAGCCACGUUGGGAUCGCCGGUAGCCCGCGCGAUUAGUGCAGCCGCGCCGGUAAAAAAUAAAGACAUCGCUACUGUCUUUAAUACCAUCUACAGCCCCUUAGCGCCCUACAAAAGCUUUCUAAACACGCAAGUACCCGCCACAAAGACUCAGCUAAUCGGGCUAGUAGGAACAGAUAUUAAUUUUCUGUUUGGCGAUGCGUUCCCAAAUAUGUACAAUGCUGUCGUUAAAAUGGAAUCGGAUUUAAAAACAUUUCAAACCAAUGUCACAACCGCAAGGUUCACGGCUGGUCAGACCCAAGUGAGUCCAAACAUCGUUCUCGCGGUGCAAACGUCAGUGAUGGAUUGGUCAGCCACUACCGAAGCGGUCCGCAACACUAUACAUACCGCAAUAGACAACAUCAAGGUAGCUGACACAUUUCUGGAUCAACUGUAUAACCUUUCGAGAACAUUGAACAGUGACCUGGACAUCUUCUACACACGCUUCCGAACGAACCAAACGACGCUCGGUACUCAGCUGCAAUUGUUGGUGAAUGCGAUGAAAGCUCGCGUCCAAACUACGUACACUCCAAUGCUGCAGUACCUGCCAAACCACACGGCUGCACUGAAUGGCACGAUUUCACUGUUCAACACGCCGUAUACUAAGCUGACGGGUAUACCGGCCAUGCUGUCGGCUGACGUACUCCCGGGCUAUUUCAACAAAUCCUACUCGUACAUCACGGAAUUCAAGCAAAUGUUUAACCCGCUGGAUUACGGAUCCAUCACCUUAGUGCUCGAGGUACUUGUCGCCAGUGGGCCAAAUUCCAAAACCUGCUUCAACAAGUACUAUCCGCUGGUCCAGAACGCCUUCGCACUGUUGGCUUACGGCGUGGAGGUGUGCCUCAACAUUGAGGUAACGCACACCUUUUCGAUCGCCGACAUUUUUAGCGACAUGCUCGACCAAACCGUGUACGAUCUGGACGAUUUCUAUCUUAACUUUUCCACCUGUGAAUGGUCGCCCAUACCGGGCAUCUGUCAAACUAGCAUGUUUGGAGCCUACUAUUCCGCACUAACUACGUCGUACGCUGGUAAGGUGGCCGAUAUUGAAAAAUUCCUGAAAACGGAGUUCACCGCUAGUUCCAGCCGCCUUGGAAGCUGCGUGCAAACGAGAAAAGCAAAGAACAAAUCCACCCUUCAAAAUAUGGCGACUGACAUCGCAACGUGCCGCACAAAGGGAGUUGCUCCAUAGUUAAGUUACUAGCGACGUGGCAUCAAAUGUACCCUGUUUGGUAAAUUGCUGCUAGCUAAUGCGGUCCUUCGCCUGACCACAGUUCAGUAAUGCUCCACAUUGGAAUAAAGGUUCUGAGCAGAAUUUUGAAAUGCAAGUCGCACUGUUUAAGAUCAGUAUAGUUACGAAG